GAUAGCGUGGAGGGCGACAUCGACAAGAUUAUGGAAGACCUGGGCGUGGGCUACAUGACGCGCACCAUGAUGUAUGCUUGGGGUUAUGGAGUUGAUGAGUUGGAAUUCGAAGUCACGCAGUCUGGCGACACCAUACAUCUUUCAGCGAAGACCCCCAUUGGUGACAAGGAGUGUACAAUUCUCGCCCAUGGUGCUGAGUUUGACUACACAGAACCCUCCACAGACGAGGAGAUGAAGGCUACUGCAUUUUGGGAGGGCCCCGUGCUGGUUCUGAAGACCGACAAGGAAGAGUCGCGCCGCUUCAUCGACGAUUAUGGAAAUUUGGUCCUGGAGACCACUACCUGCAGUGGGGCGAAGGCAGUGCGAACGAUGCGCAGGAAGUAG